AUGUCGGACGAAGAGUCUAUUGGUCAGCCACUAGACAGAACUGUUAAUGGACCUGCCCCACCUCCAUGGAGCAUUCCUGCCCAGUUCCGUCAGUUGUUUAAUGACUUUACAACCAAUAUUCAAGUUCCUCACACCACAACCAUCCAGCCGUGUUAUGAUUGCAUGGCUGGGGGUACAAGCGCUGUUACAAGUGUUGUGGAUCUGGAAGGGUGUAAUGGUUCUGCUCUCGUGGAAGGAAUGCAGAAGUAUGAGCAGUCUAUUAACUGCAUGGGCAGAGGUUGGAAAACGUGA